AUUGAAAUGGUUUCGUCCUUUGUCAAGCUGAUUUCAGAGAAGUGAUUCUAGCCACGUUUAGGUUACCGUUAGUAAAAGGGACGUAGAAUAUGUGGUUAAGAAAAGUAUUGAUAUAACGCGCUCCGUAGUCCGUAAUGUGCAUUAGGUCACCGUGUAAAGUAUUUCGUUCGAACUGACGAGGAAGCCAACGGAAGGCCAGAAUAUUACUACACAUAAUUGACAAAGCAUGAUCUGCAGAUUGUGUGAUGAAGACAAACUGUCUGACGAAUUUCCACCUGCGGAUCUGAAUGAUGAAUGCAGACAUCCACGGUUCUACUGUAUGAGGUGUGUGGUUUCAACAUGCAAGAAGAGCGGUGUAUGUCCACAUUCCGGGUGUGAUCAGCCGGUCCCCGCUGAUGGAGACGUCAUCAAACUACUGGAAUACACGCUGGCCGAGAUGUUUAAAGAGUACCCGUGUGAAUACUCGGCUCAGUUCGUGUCAAAGGAUUCCUACACUGGGAUGAUCAGAAUCGCUGUUCUGAAUGGAGACAGCAUCACUCUUCCUCUCAACCCUGAGAUGACAGUCUUUCAACUGAAAGAACAAAUUAAAACUAAGCUUGGCCAUGAUGUGAAAAAGCAGCAGUUGAUAUACAAGGAUGUGGAAUUGCAGAUGUAUGCAAAUAGUGGUGGCGUUACAAAGCUUGCUGACCACAACAUAGCAGCCAACUCCACCAUCUAUCUUGCAGUGACACUGUUUGAUAUUCCAUCUAACUUGGACCACGUCAUCUUUGAUCUACACUGGGGAUAUCCAGAGCAAUUCUAUUAUGAAGGUUCACAUGGUCCAGUGGAACGCACCUUGCAAACCAGGGCUGUUGGAGAUCGUGCAGCUCAGUAUGUUGCGGAUGUACCACAUGACUGGUGUGUACCUAGGAGAAACAGAAAAUAUCUUGAUGCUUCUUGUCUUGUAUACAGUGACAAAGAGUUUCUUGAGGUUUACGAUUUUCACCCAGAACAUCAGGAUGAAACCACAGUCUGCAAAGGCAUCAUCACCCAUACUGGAGACAAAAUGGAUGACUUGAACAAGGUCGGCCAUCACACCAUAGAGGUUUCUCUGCAGCAGCUACCACCGCAUGUCACUCAUUUAUUCUUCACAUUGAGUGGCUGGAAUUAUAAAAGCAUCAAGGCAUUUCCUGACCUAAGUUUGAAGUUCUAUGAUGCACGAGCACCUGAUGAUAACCUUUGUGAGACAAAGCUAGCAGGUAGCGUUCGAAAAAGAGCUGUGAUCAUGUGCUGUGUAUCUCGCUCAGGUAAAGGCUGGAGAAUACUUGAAUGUGGGAAGACUUCAGAGGUUAUGCUGAUGACUAUGAGCCUAUCAAGGAAACCAUCAGGACACUUUUUGACCUUCCAGAUAUCUAAGGAUUAGGUACAACAAUUACUGUGUAUAUAACUAACAUAAAUUAAAACUAAAUAAAAGUAUGACCAUAAUAUAUUAAAAAUAGAUGAUUAUGCACAUGGUUAGCACUUACUUAAUCCCCUUCGUGCUAAGAAGCACAUAAGGCUGUAACCAGAGAUCACUACUGCUGCCUGUCUUUUGCUAGCUUCUCCAGCAGUCCCCAGCUCAGACUGCCCUCUCUAAUUUCAUUUUCUACUGUCCUCCAUGUUUCUUUUGGUCUUCCUCGUUUCCUUUUUCCAGGAUGGGUCCAUCGGAGUGCCACUCUUGGUAGGGCUGUUUGAGGCAUUCUGAUUACAUGGCCAAUUCACCGCCAUCUUCGGCACUUGAUAUCCAAUACCAAUGACUGUCUGGAGGUUUGUUUAUGGAGUUCUUCGUUGGUUCUGAUGUUGGGCCAGAAGAUAUUCAGAAUUCUGCAAAGGCACUGAUUUUGAAAGACCUCCAACUUCUGACCAAUGGUCUUGCUCAUUUUCCAGGAUUCUGCUCCAUACAGUAGAGUGCUUAAGACAGUGCUUUUAAAAAGGCGUAACUUGGUCUUCAAACUAAUCUUGCUUGUUUUCCAGAUGUUUCAGAGCGAUGCAAAGGUCUGGCUUGCCUUGGAGAUUCUUGAAUGGAUUUCUGCUUCACUGUUUCCAUCGGCUGUCAUCUUAGAGCCAAGGUAGUUGAAGUCGUCAAUUUCUGCAACUUUGUCAGCAUGAAGGAUGAUGGAUUCAUUGGACUUGGUGUUCAUUCUCAUGAGUUUUGUCUUAGCAAUGUUGAUCUUAAGUCCAAUCUUCUCCGCAGUGGUCGCUAAGUAUAGUGUCUUGGCCUGAAUGUCUAUAUGACGGUGAGUAAGUAAACAAAUGUCAUCUGCGAAAUCCAGGUCUUCGAGCAUGUUUGCGGAAGUCCACUGGAUCCCUCUUCUUCCUAAUUAUUCCACAUUCCUGAUGAUCCAGUUUAUCCCAAUUAUGAACAAACAGGUGAAAGAAUACACCCUUGUUUUACCCCAGUGUUUAUGUUGAAUGGGUCACUAAGAAGAUUGCCAUUAUCUGUAUAUGACAACCUGAUGAUGUUAACAUGUUUGGAGGGUAUACCAUAAUGUCUGAGUAUCUGCUAGAGCGAUUCCCUGUGAAUACUGUCAAAGGCUUUUUCAAAGUCGAUGAAGUUGACAUAUACUGGUGAGUUCCACUCCUUGCUCUGUUCCAGGAUCUGUCUCAAGAUGAAGAUGUGAUCUCUGCAAGACAUUCAUUUCCAAAAUCCAGCUUGUUCUUGACGUAUAUCCUUUUCUAAUGCGGUGGUUAGGCGACUAUGGAUGAUUUUAUUGAAGACCUUGCUGGUGAGUGACAACAAUGUAAUUCCUCUCCAGUUGUUACAGUUGAUAAAAUCUCCUUUCUUUGGCAAUUUGACCAGUAUGCCAGUUUUCCAAUUUGCUGGUACAUUUUCUGUCUCCCAAAUCUGCUUGAAGAUCUCAGUCAGGAAUUUUGGUGUUUCAUUUUCUUCUGCAUUUAGCAUUUGCGCAGUUACCCAAUCUGCUCCUGGUGCUUUUCCAUUCUUCAUAGCUCUAAUGGCAUUUUUCACUUCUGUUAGUGUUGGUGGAUCAAUAUUCAUGUCAAGGACUUGGCCUGCUUCUGGAUUUCUGCUAGGCUAUUUGGUUCUGCUCUGUUUAGUAUGCUUUGGAAGUGAUCUUUCCAUCUGACUAACUUUUCAGUCUCGUUUGUUAUGAUGUUUCCAUUCAUAUCCUUGACGUGUAGGUCAUUAUGAUGGUUUCUUCCCCUCAGAGGUUUAGUUAUUCAGUAUAGAGUUUUUGAAUCUUGUCUUUGUGCAGCUUGCUCUGCCAAACCCUCUAUGUAGGCUUUCUUUUCAUGUUUUGCCAUCUUCUUAGCUUCCUUGUCCAGCUCCGAGUAUUUGUUCUUGAAACAAUCUUUAAGCCUCUGUGAGCUGGAAGCAUCCAUUUUCCUUUUUGUUUCUUUUCUUUCAGCAAUCUUUUUCCCAAGUCUCUUUUUGGAUCCACUCUUCUUUUUUCUUCUUUUUGUAUCCAAGGAUCUUCUCUCCUGUUUGCACAAUAAUUUUGUUGAAGGUUUCAAUGUUUAUUUCAUCUCCCUCUUCUAAGGCCGUGAAACGAUUUCUGAGUUCCACUUGGAAAGAUCAUCUAACUUCAGUAUCCUUCAGUUUUGUGGAAUCGAACUGUAAGCCUCUUUCCUGCCCCUUCUUUGUCUUCCGCAGUUUAAGUGAUAUGUAUCCAAUCACCAGGGUCACUAGCAACAUAUGCACCUCAUCUUGCCUUCACGUCUUGUAAAGAAAUUCUCCACUUUCUGUUUAUCAAGAUGUGGUCAAUCUGGUUGAUAGUGGAGCCAUCUGGUGAUGUUCACAUCAACUUGUGGAUAUAUUUAUGUUGAAACAGGGUGCCACCCACAUCUAAAUAAUUUUCUUCACACACUUCACAGAUAUGCUUCCCGUUUUCAUUCAUAAUUCCGCAACCAAUCUUUCCCAUGAUAUGUUCUUUUCCAGUGUUUUCAUUUCAAACUUUUGCAUUGAAGUCCUCAAUCAUAAGCAGCAUAUCAUGUGCUGGAACAUUUUGCAGGAUCUGCUGUAACUGGUCAUAGAACAUGUCUUUAUCUUCUUCCUCAGCAUCCUCAGUUGGAGCAUAGCACGAUACAGUGUUGAGCUUUGUGUACUUGGAAUUGAAUCUAGCAAUGAGAAGUCUUGAUCCAACUGGUUUCCAUUCCAUCAGUGUUUUUCUUAAUUUCUUUUUUAAGCCUCGUCCUGAGUAGAGAAGUGCUUGUCCAUUUGCAAGCUGCAUACUGCCUGCUCCUGUCCAUCUCGUUUCACGGAUUCCUAGGAUAUCGAUGUUGUAGUUGUCCAUUUCUUUGAUGACUUUCCAGUCUGGUACAUAGUCCUUACAUUCCAACAUCCGAUUUUCAUCUUAGUUUUUGGCUUCAGGAAAUUCACUGUCGGGAUGGCAGCUCACAGCUAUGUUUCACUGCCCUCUGUCAUUGAUCCAGUUUCCUAGUCUGCUUCAUUCCUUAGGCCACGGUUUUGAUCUUUGAUUUCAGUUUCUGUAACGAUAUUUUUAUUUUACGGGAAUGGGUUGUUAGCCCAUUGCCCAAACCCCAACCUGGAGAACAAGGAGGUCAAUUUUUGUCUGGCCUCUACCCUACGACCAAUCCGGCUUGGGUGGCCCUACCAGGGGUAUUAGACUCCCGCCGGCAUAGCUCUUAGGGUCCCUGAGAAACACAAGCUAACUCACCACGACAAGGUAAAGACCUCAAGAGCUAGAUGGUUAGCACUAGACUAGUAUUAUUGAAACUGAUAAUUACAUGUAUACAUGAAGCCGAAACCCCCCAAAACACUUAAAAUUGCAAACUGUGAUUGUUAUGCAUACUUAACUCUUAAUAAAUAAAUACUUGUACUUGAAUCUAUUGAUUUGGGUUGGUGUACCGUAUACUGAUUUUAAACAUAGUACAUGUAUUAACCAAUUUAUCUUUUCGACUUGGCUACAUGAUUGGGACGGUGAAGUUGCGAACAAGCUUCAUGCCAUCAAGCCGGUCUUGGGAGAGUGGCAAUCCUCCUAUAGACACUGCAGGAAGGAUGAUGUAGACUUUUGUCAUGCCCGCAUCGGUCAUACUUACUUGACCCAUUCAUUUAUCUUGAAGAAAGAUCUUCCGCCUCACUGUCAGUGUCUUCUGACGGUGCGCCACAUUUUGGUGGAGUGUAACCAUUUGUUAGCAAUUCGAAAUGAUAUAUUUAGAUAAAGAAAUGUGACUGAGAUUGGUGGGGUUCGCGGAUGUGCUCCCCUGUAAAUGUUUGAAAACUAGAUGUCCUGAAAUGCAAUUUCCUGAUUGCAACAAGUAAAAUUAAUUUCUUCCGUAAGAUUUACUACCAAUCAAUCUUAU